UAAAUCUUUGUUCUGUGUCUGGAUAGUGCUCACUUCAGCAUCUGCUUGCAAAGCUAGUCUAGGCUAAGCUGUUUUGGAUACUGCUUUAGAAAAUAAGGAAUAUUUUAUUUUGCUGUGGACUGAAUAAUCUGAUUUUCUCCCCGACACACUUGGAAGGGAGAAGAAAGAAUAUUUAUUUGGUCAAGCCGUUGUGAACAUUCAUCUUGAAGCAAUGUCUCUUCAAUUCUUCCGACUUGCUCUUGUGAUUACUUCUGUGCUCCUGGUGAUUUUAACAUUCCCUGAUGGGUUGAGUGGAAACAAAUUGCGCAAGAUGAUCGAGAAGAGAAGUGCAGAUAAGAAAUUGACUGUUUCAGUUCCUGAGUCCAAGGCUAAAGCAUUCUUGAACAGUUUGAAGCGUUCAAAACGUUACAUAUGGGAUAGAUCUCGUGAUGAUGUUCAGCAGUGGUAUCAGCAGUUUGUGAACAUGGGAUAUUCUGAAGCUCAAUUUGAAGAUGCCGCUGCAUACUGGCUGGGUGUGCAUCAAGGCACAGGUGAUGAUGAUCAUGUCCGGUAUUACAUUCAUCAACGUUACGAUGGUAAUUCUCCAGCUGGCCCUUAUUAUUCCCAAUCUAUACGCAUUGGUGCUGAUGUUAACUACGAUGACUAUUAAAGCAAAAUGUAAUGAAUAAGUAUUAUGUGGUUUAACUUUAUCUUCCUGUUUGCAUGAAAUGUAUUAGUUUUCUUGACCAAGAGAUUUCCAACUCAUAAAUUGAAUGUUGUCACUAUACUGAACAACCUAAUGUGCAUCAUUUAGAAUGUAACUUUUGUACUUCUAUAAUUUGCUGAGUAAUUCCUUGAAUCAGAACAUAUAGUUUCUGAAAUGUAUUUGCUUUAGUCAACUGGCUUUCUAUACUUUCAAUAAACUUUACAGGAAGUGUUA